GCAUGACUGUAGCAGAAAAUCUCCCGCAUUUACGUACAUAAGUAAUAAGUAUAAUAUCUAACUGGCUACCCGUUUUUCACAUUUUUUCUGCAUGCAUAUCCAGUUCCAGGCUGGAUAUCCAUCAAGUAAAAUAUUCAUAUACGCUGCUGGUCCAUUGACAUCCGCAAACAAAGAUGACUAGUCAGCCGCCGCAUAACGAGGUCACCUUUUAAGACAUCUCAAUAGAAAGUCCAGUCAAAGUCUUUCUCAAGGAUAGGAAAAAGGGUUGAAUGAAAUCUUAUCGACGACAGACCAGACAGAGUGGUGACAUGUCUUCGUAAUAAAAUAACGAAAAUACUGUGGAUGUAGAUUUCCACUGCAUUUUUCUAAUCUAAUCUUCUCCUCUAGUCAUCUAUUAAACGAGUGUAUUUAGAUAAAUAGAUACAUAAAUCUAAAUAUUAUUUCAACUCCAAGUUCACAUCCAGACGAAUAAAUACGUGGACUGAGCUCAUUCGGAGGGAUUUCCUUUAAACGAGAAGAGACCCUUUUUCAUCUCCUCCUCAACGACCACAUUACAGAAGAAGAAAUGAUCAAAACUGCUCAUAACUAGUGUAAACUGUUAAUAUUUGAGGAGUCGUGGAUUGGAUAUGUAACAUGAAUGUAUGCACAUACAGUGAACCCUCUGUUGUUACAUUGCCUCGAGUGUGAUAGAUAUUCCGGUUUUAAAUAGAGAAUCAGGAUACUUAACUCAUUUACACUCGUCUAAUAAAUUAGCGACUUCCAGUUUAAAAAUCUCCACUAAACUGUAACAACUCACGAUCUACUGAGCUGCUUCCUAACAAUAAAAAUAAUAAUACUUCGGAGGAGACUUUGAGUGAAAAAAUAAUUCAAAUAUGUGCAAUUAACAAUUUAACAAGAAUAAUUCCAAAAAAUGUGUGCCGUUCUUUAAUUAAAGUGCACUUGUUACAUAUUAUUAUUGCGCAAGUUGUUAUUGGAUUGGCUUAAUUGAUAAUAAUAUUUUACGCGUGGGGGAAAAAGACUUAUAAAAAUUACAAGACUUUUCACGAUAUGCAAUAAGUGAGACUAAUCCAUAUGCAAUUAUUUAACUAUGCUCAUAGUAGUAUUAUGCAAACUCCUUUGUGCAAUAAUAAUCCAGUCGAGUGAAUCUCUUGCUGUGUGAGAAGUUGAAGUACAAUAUUUAGACGAGAAGAAGUCAAGCACAAAAUGGAGGACGCUCUAGAAUGGUUUCCAGGGGGUGCAGCCGGUGCCGCCAUGAUGGCGGGGGCCGUAGCGUUGGGGACGUACUACGCCGCAACACGACAGAAGGGAUCACCACCAAUGUUCCCUUUGGAUGAACAAGCAUUCCUGGAAUAUGAGGGAACGGAAAUGAUCCGUACGUCCCGAUUCGGCAAGGACGCCAAGGACGGAACCUUCUUGCGCUACUUGUUCGAAGAUUGCCGCACGUUGUACGACUGUUUCCGCAGAGGUGCUAAGGAGUCCAAUAACGGGAUAUGUUUGGGAUGGCGUGAAACCAAAAACAAACCAUAUCAGUGGCUCCAUUACAAUGAGGCGUUGUUACGAGCAAAGAACUUUGGGUGUGGUUUGGUCCACAUGGGUCUGCAUCCAGGAUCUUACGUGGGAAUUUACAGUAUAAACUGUCCCGAAUGGAUCUUGACGGAGCAAGGGCUCUACUGCUAUUCCAUGGUUAUCGUCCCACUCUACGACACUUUGGGGGCGGACGCUUGUGCUUUCAUCAUCAACCAGGCUGAAAUGACCACCGUGAUUUGUGACGAUGACGCGAAAAUUAACCUGCUCCUUGACAAAGCACCGAAAUGCCUCGUUCGCCUGGUUCACAUCAAACCACUCAAACCGGAAACGAUUGCACGUGCCAAAAAGCAGGCGAUCGAACUGUUGCGAUUUGAAGAAGUGGAAAAACUGGGUAGUACGUAUAGCCACAGUCAUCGAGAAAAGCCACCUCGACCGGAUGACAUUUCCACGAUUUGCUACACUUCGGGCACCACUGGAAAUCCGAAGGGGGUGAUGCUAAGUCAUGAAAAUAUUGUGGCGGACGUGUCCGCCGUCCUUCUACAGAUGGGAGAACACCGACCUUGCCGACAGGAUACUAUGAUCUCAUUCUUGCCUUUGGCCCACAUGCUGGAGAGAUGUUGUCAAGUCGCGAUGUACAUGCAAGGCGGAGCCGUGGGCUUUUAUGCGGGCGAUAUCCGCAAUUUGAUGGAGGACAUGAAAGCCCUCAAGCCCACGGUGACCCCCGCAGUGCCCCGUUUGCUCAAUAGGAUACACGACAAGGUUAUGGGUAACGUCAAUGGGUCCGUCGUGAAGCGUGCCAUGCUGCGAAUGGCGAUAAACAGCAAGAUGACCGAGUUGCAGAAAGGAAUCAUGAGGAAAAAUAGCAUUUGGGAUACCCUCAUUUUCCGCAAAGUUCAGGAGGGAAUGGGUGGUCGACUGAGGCUUAUCGUGGUUGGUUCAGCCCCUUUGAGUGGACAGGUUCUAACAUUCAUGCGAUGUGCUAUGGGUUGUGUGGUCGUGGAAGGAUAUGGCCAAACUGAAUGCGUUGCUCCAUGUACUCUAACAAUACAAGGAGACGUGUCCCCCGAGCACGUCGGUCCCCCGCUGGCUUGCUGCUGUAUAAAAUUGGUCGACGUACCUGAAAUGGAAUAUUACGCUUCUGCUGGACAGGGCGAAGUCUGCGUCAAGGGCACAAGUGUGUUUAAAGGAUAUUAUAAAGAUCCCGAACGGACAAGAACCGUUAUUGAUAAGGAUGGCUGGCUGCACACUGGAGAUAUCGGAACCUGGCUCCCGAACGGUACCCUGAAAAUCAUCGACCGAAAGAAGCACAUCUUCAAACUGUCCCAAGGAGAAUACAUUGCUCCAGAAAAGCUGGAAAAUAUUUAUUCACAAAGUCAAUACGUGGCUCAAGUUUUCGUAUACGGAGAAUCUCUAAAGUCGUGUGUCGUAGCUAUUGUAGUGCCUGACGUCGAAACUGUAAAAAUUUGGGCUUCAGCGAACGAAAUACCAGGAACCUUGUCUGUACUAUGUGCCGAUGAUAGAGUGAAAGCACUUCUUUUAGAAGACAUUACAAGACUUGGGAAGCAAGCUCAUUUGAAAUCCUUUGAACAGGUGAAAGACAUUUACCUGCAUCCCGACCCAUUCUCCGUACAAAAUGGACUCCUAACACCGACCAUGAAGGCGAAACGGCCUCAACUCAAAGCCUACUUUAAACCCCAACUGGACGAUAUGUAUUCAAAGUUGAAUUAAUGAAUUGAUUAGUUUUAAUACUCAAUCCAUAACCUUAUUAAGUAAUUAGAUAAUUAAUUGACUUCUUCCUCUCAUAAUUACAUAUUUAAUUAAGUCCGGAACAACGUAAAAAAAUAUUUAGCAUGUAAUAUGCGCAUGCAUAAAUAGCCUUGGAUGAUAUCGUGCUGCUGCAAAAACACUACUUUCCUCAGUUAGUUGUACAACUGCACAGCUACAAUAAUUACGAUUACGGUGUUAUUAAUUAAGAAUUUGAAAAAAAUUACAGUUCAAAUGUGAUGAUUCAGAAAUCUCUUCUAGUAAAUUCUUAUUAGUCGAUUGAUCCAUAUGAAGAAGAAGAAAAAAACAAUGUAGUCCUAGUUGUGAUGAAUGCUUGCGUGAUGUGAUAUUUGAUAAAACAUAUAAAAUUAGUCGUUGUUAUUAUUGCCCAAGUUUUGACUGUAAAAGAUAAGAUGUAAAAAUACUUGUUGUCAUUUUCCUGGCAGCUUUACCACAAGUAUUCAUAUUAUAAAAAUUCUGACACAAUCCCUCGCAAACAAAUACAUAAGUAUGUAAUUAAUUCAAGACCUAUUUUCUAUUUUAGUUUAGUAUUUCCUAGCUAUUUUGUAUCACACACAAUAUGUAAAUAAUAUAAAUAUCUACCGUGCACAAACCACCAUUCACUCAAUAAAUAAUUGUAUCAGGCCUUUUUUGAAUUGCCAAAUAAAUAUGUAAUUUUAUUUUCACCACUUAAUGAAAGUAGGAAGUAAUGUAUAACUUUUUUGUUAAAAGGUACUGAUUACUUGUAAAAAGGAUCAUCACGUACUCAAGGUCAGGAUAAAUAAUAGUGGUUAAUUCUUCUGAAAAUAGCGGAAUAUUAUCCUUUUGACCCGAUUUUUGAUAUUAAAUCAAGUUAAUUAUGUAUGUAUACCUAUGAAAAGAAAGUGCAAUCCGACUUUAUCAAGUCUGAAGAAUCCUGUAGACUUAAAAUUCAGCAAUAUUACAAGAUAACGUAUGUAUAUACAUACCAGAUAAAUAAUAAAUUGUCUCCCACAAUAAUUACAUAAAUAUCUAAUAAUCAACUCGACAAGUUGUCAUCCAAAAUUUCAACAAUUCUUAUGAUCAGUCAAUAGGAGUAGAAAAUAAGCAUGUAAUAAUUUUAAGGUCUAAAAUCGUCCCUUAAAAAUUACUUUAAUUGUUAACAAUGUUUUUAAGUAUGUAAGACAGAACUGAUGAUAAAGUAAUGGAUUCAAUUUUUGUUUGACAACUAUAUGCGUUAUGUAAUUAAUUAAUUAGUGCAUGCAAAUGUACCAUAGACAAUUUUUUAUAUCGAAAGAAGGAAAUGAAAUGAAUUGUUUAAAUCUGUGUGGAAUUUGCUCCUAUUUAGAAUUUACUAAAUAAAUGUACACCAGGAUCCCAGGGUCGGAGAGGUAAAUAAUUUUGUCUCAAAUUUGUAAUACCUAGAAUAACAGAUAAGUUAGGUGAUAUAUAAAUAUAGUCACUUUACAACCUUAUUAUCAUGACAAGCAACCGCAGAGAAAUCGGAGAAAAAGUAUCAUUCGCAAGGGAAGAUGGAUGGAAAAUAUUAUAAUUUGCAAACAAAGCAGUCAGUCCUAUUGUUAUUGAGGAAAAAGGAAAUACUGUUGUUCUUAUUAGUGUGGGAUCAUAUUAUGAUCAUCAUAAUAAAACAUACCAUUAUUUCCUGUACUGGAAAAUAAACGAUUUAUUAUUUUAAAAAGAUGUCUGUUAAAAAUUAAGCAUUUAAAAAAUAAAUAUGUAAACACAA